GAAUCAAGUGAAUCCAUGGACAUGUUGACUCUGGUUUUUCAGACCAAGCUCAAUGAAGAUUUCACUGUGCAAGCCUCAGGCAAAGGAAAAGCAACUAUGACUGUUUUAACAGUGUAUAAUGCACAGAUGAAAGCAGAUGCUGCUGAGUGCAAGAAAUUCAACCUUGAUGUUACUGUUGAACCCCUCCAGCUGAGUCAGAAGGAGUUAAAGGGAUCCCUGCAAGCUGUCAGCAUCAGAAUCUGCACAAGGUAUCUUGGUGAAGUUGAUGCUACAAUGUCAAUCAUCGAUGUCUCCAUGCUCACUGGUUUUGCACCUGAUGUUAAUGACCUUAAAAGGCUUUCUGAAGGAGUCGACAGAUAUAUCUCCAAAUUUGAAAUUGACAAAGGCUACUCUGAAAGGGGGAACCUCAUCAUUUACUUGGACAAGGUCUCUCACUUGAAAGACGAAUGUGUGCAAUUUAAAGUUCACCAGUUCUAUCAAGUUGGUCUCAUUCAGCCAGCUUCAGUGAAGGUCUACAGCUAUUAUAAUCUAAAUGAGCAGUGCACCAAGUUUUACCAUCUGUCCAAAGGAAGUGGCCUCCUCAGUAAGAUAUGCCAUGGAGACGUUUGCCGAUGUGCAGAAGGUAAGAUGGAGUGGAAACUGCUACUUCUGUUCAUCCAAAAGCAAGGUUUUAUUGGGGGGGGGCAUAAAUGUGUCAAA